AUGAAGAAAAGAUUAUGUCACUCAAAAAGAGAGAUGGAAAUGAUAGCCAAAUACAGUCAGAUAACAGGCAAUGGAAACACUAAUACUCAGGUAUCGACUGACAGUCCGGCGACGACUGCAAUGUGUUUACACCAAAAGGACGGCACCGAUAAUAGCACCGACAAUCAGAUGCCGGCUUACAUACGGGGCCUUAUAUUUACAUUCAAUGAUACGGAAAGGCAUCGAUUGAAGCAAUUGUUUUACUCGACCACUUGGUUAAGAGAUCCGGUCGUGAAUCUAGUGGUGGAGCCGUCAACAGAACCCGAAGUAUUACGAGUGCUUCAAAUACGGACAGAAAUGCAUUGCAGGCGUAUUAUUAAGAUGUCUAAAACAAUCACUGAAUUCAGAGAGCUGUGCGAAAGUGACAAAAUUACCUUGUUGAAAUCUGGUUCGCAAGAGAUUAUAACCUUAGUAAAUAUUUUGUCGUUUAAUUUCGAGGGCGAAUUCUGGACCGUUUACACUGGCUCGGAAUGUGCAUCUAUUUUACAUCUAGGUAUAUUGAAGUAUGGCGUUAGGAAUCUCUAUGAUGUUCACAAGUGUUUUAUGUGGAAACUUAACCAAGAGUAUAAUAAAGACAUCAAUAUUAUGGAUUUGUUAACAGCAAUUGUAUUAUUUAAUCACAAUCGGCCUAAUCUGAGACAAAAGGACUUAAUUAAACUUCAAAGGCAGACAUUUGUGUAUUUACUUCAACGAGUUAAAACACAACUCGAAAACAGAGGCAGAGAUACGGUUCACAAGAUUAAUGAAUUGUCUGCAAGACUUGAAUAA